UAGCGCCGCCAGUCUCAAGCAGGUGUCCAACAUGGCGAUCACGGGGAGCGGAUCUCUCGCCUUUUCUCUGUCCAUUAUCGUCAUUUCAGCCGCGUUUCUUCCUAAAGGAGCUGCUGAAAUCGUGACAGUGGACGGUCAGAACCUGGCAACCGACAACGUGACUGUGGUCGAGGGAGAAACAGCCACCAUCAGCUGCAGAGUCCGAGACAAUGACGACUCGGUGAUCCAGCUCCUCAACCCCAACAGACAGACCAUCUACUUCAAAGACUACAGACCUCUGAAGGACGCCCGGUUCCAGCUGGUGAAUUUCUCUGACAACGAGCUGCGGGUGUCUCUGUCCAAUGUGUCACUCUCGGACGAGGGCCGCUACGUGUGCCAGCUCUACACUGAUCCUCCUCAGGAAGCCUACGCAGACAUCACUGUCUUGGUCCCGCCGGGCAGCCCAAUCAUCGAGAGCCGGGAGGACCUGGUGAGCGAGGGCAAUGAGACAGAGCUCACCUGCACGGCCAUGGGCAGUAAGCCAGCUGCCUCUAUCCGAUGGAUGAAAGGGGAGGAGGAACUGACAGGAGAGGCCACGGUGGAGGAGACAUAUGACAGGAUGUUUACCGUCAGCAGCCGCGUGAGGUUUUCUGUCACCAAAGACGAUGAUGGAGUGCCAGUGGACUGCAUCAUUGACCACCCGGCUGUAAAGGACCUCCUGGCUCAAAGACACUUGGAAGUGCUAUAUAAACCCGAAGUGAAGAUUGUGGUGACAUAUCCUGAAGGUCUGACAAGAGAGGGAGACAACUUGGAUUUGACAUGCAUCGCAGAGGGCAAACCGCAUCCUCAUCAGAUAAACUGGCUGAGAGUGGAUGAAGAUGUGCCCCCUCACGCUGUGGUCACUGGUUCAGACCUUUACAUCGAGAAUCUGAACAAGUCUUACAAUGGGACCUAUCGCUGUGUGGCCUCCAACGCAGUGGGCGAGGCCUUCGAUGACUACAUUCUUUACGUCUAUGACUCCCGAGCCGGCGAAGGGGCACCGCAGAAAAUUGACCACGCUGUCAUCGGAGGGGUGGUUGCCGUGGUGAUGUUCGCCAUCCUCUGCGCACUUAUCGUUCUGGGUCGAUACUUCGCCAGACACAAAGGAACUUACUUCACACACGAAGCCAAAGGAGCAGAUGACGCGGCUGAUGCAGACACGGCCAUCAUUAACGCGGAGGGAGGACACACCAACACAGACGAGAAGAAGGAGUACUAUAUCUAGACUGUGAGGACUGGGCCAGGAGAGCCGGUGUGGGGACGUACUGCUGAGGCUGGUGAUGGACAAUGCUGUAGGAGCAUUAUGGAUUACUCCGGUUGGUUACAAAAAAGGCUUAUUGAACGACGAAGGAUUUUCAAAGUAAUCUGCGGAAGUCUAGAGAACAUGAAUUUGGACAGGCGUGGCCAUUUUGGUGAGAGGCGAUUCUCCUAUCCGACCCCUCCUGGACUGCUGGGGCCUGUACAGUUCAGUUAUUUUAUGGACAAUUUUGUGCCUUGUUCGAUUUCUUUUGGUUCAUUUCGAUGUGUUUCCCCCCUGUCAUUUUGCUUGUUGGAUUGGAUUCUCCUGUGUAUCUCAUGUUUUGUUGCAUUUGCCUUUAGAGGAGAGUCAGUGGCCUGGUGUCCGUCUAUGUGUGCCGCAGCUAGCUUUUAGCUCACUGUUCCUGAAUCCGAGGUGCUGCUAACCACACACAAGAGCUCACUAACUUAACCACAACACAUUUCUCCUGGCCAGGUCAAAGGUCAAUGGCCCCAGCAAACUCCACAUACCCGCACCUCUGAUUUCUUACUUUUCCGUCCACACUUCUUCACUGCCUAUGUACAAUUUGUGAGUAACCAUGCUCAUUAUAGAAUGUAUUGUUGCUUGGAAAUGAAGUAGGAGUGCCGUAUCAUUUAUGAUUUCACAGCAGCUUAGUGAAGGUGAUUGGUUUUUCAAGAAGAAAACACAGUUCGUACGUGCGUGGUCAGUUAGUGCUUGUUUAGGAUGUUGUACAGUCUUAGGCAUCAUGACAGCUGUAAUGUGCCAUGAUGUGGAGCUCUCUGUAUCUAGUACUGUCGACUGAGAAACCCUCUUAAAACUCCUCUUUGAACCACUCGGACCAAAACACAAUGUGGAAAUAUUGCUUUCUUUAGUUCUUUGUGUUAUCUGUCUGCACUGAUAGACGGUUUUAAUUAAAGGUAAUACAAGCAGUAUCCAACCUUUACUGUUACUGCAAUGGGAAUUUAAAUAGUGGGAGACGCAUGGUAAACAACAUGGAUUACAAUUUUAGGUUAGUACUUUAUGGUAACUACAUUUUUAUUAGCCUUAAAGAAGCAUGAACAAAGGGGUUAGGAGAUUGGAUAUUAUUUAAUAAGCCUGAAUAUUUCUUAUAAUAAUAAACUAUAUGUUCAUUAUGAGUUAAGUCUUUGUCAUGCUGUAUCAAGGUUAUUAAAAGUGUAGUUAUUAUAAAGUGUUAGCCAUAACUCAAAUACAAAAACACAUUAUUGAAUUUUGCAUUUUGGAAUGGGGGUAUUUUCUUGCAUUUAAAUCCUUGUCUGGGGACAGUAGUAUUUACAAUACUUAUACUACCUUUACACAUCUAAGUUUACCCUGCAGUCUUUCCAAGGGUGACAGCAUAUAAACUUCAUUUGUGUCACAAUAGUGUUUUUUCCAGUGUCUCUUCAACUUUUCAUUCCUUCUCACACGUACAAUGGUCAACCUUGGACCAAACAGUUUUUUGUUUUUUUUUUUAGUUUUACAUUUUAAGUCACUGCUUGACUGUGUUAUAUUAUUCAGUAAAAAAGUCCAGGGUCCUAUCAUUUGACAUUCAAAACUACACUUUUUGCACAAAGUGUUCCUAUUUCCCUACACAACAGUUCUGAUUUCAAUGUCAUCUUUCAGUGCUUUUACAAGAUAUGUUCAACUGAAUGGUUGAGGCAAAAAAAACAACAAAAAAAACACACACACAUCCAAACAAAAACAAAAAAACACCAUACCUUCUAUAUCCUUGCGCACAAAUUUUUGUCAUUUAAGGCUUUGUCCAUACUCAUAUAAACGCACAAGGACACACAAAAAUCAAUCAAUUAUAUAGUAUCUCCUAAGUGUAUGGACAUUUUACCUUCAGGCUGUCUUUGAUAUCUUGUAAGAGCUCUCAGGUUAUCAAAGAUUUGCGUAGCCCAGGUGAAAUCUCUUCUCCUUGUCAUCUUUCAGCCUCAAACUUUCUCAGUCCAAAAUAUACCACCUGUAAUUUACUUUAUGUCAAAGCAACGCUAUGUGAUAUAUAUCUGAAGUAUGUGACAAACUGCCAAUUUUGAGAUCAGUAAAUGCUAGUGGUUAUAGAGCGUAAUGUACAGUAUGUUGACGAUCUGGUUGCACGUCAUCGCAUCCUUAAAGGUGUACUCUGUAACUUUUCUGGUGUAGGAUCUGCCACCUACUUGUCUCCAUGCAUAUAUUAUUGUUGUUUCACAUUAUGGCAUUAAGCUUGUCUUUCUAGCAUUUAUUUAGGUAUUUAUUGCUCAAAAAUACCUGGGAAAAAAUGCAUUCUUACUGUGAGUGGGGUCGUCUUUCCACACAUCUGACCUGUAACUUGGCCCGGUUGCCUCACCACCUUGUUUCCAUGGAGAUUAAUGUUUAAUGUCAUCCUGUGAAACAUUCUAGGCAGGUGGGGGGGACGGUCUGUUUGAAAGGUGACAUAGCGCACCCCUAACUUAUCAUUUUCAAUAGAAUAUUCAAACACUAAUUGAUAACCAAAGCAUUUAUUUUGUUUUUUGUCAUUAUUUUAUUCCAGAAAAGGGGGAAAAGUAACAUAGUGUUGCUUUCAUAUAGGCAAUUCAAUGCUUAGCUCCGUAAAAGAGAAGAUGCUGUGUGUCCUCCAUGCAUGCCUCCUGCUUCUGGGAAGAGUAAAGUAUUGACAACAUUUUGCUUGAAUAAGAAAAAGACAUCUGUAAAUGUAUUAUGAGGAAUGAUAACCACUGCCUUAAACCCACCUUCUGGUAUUUGUCAAAGGAAAGACUGAAGGACUGAUUUUAGUGCCUUCUUGGAGAUCGAGGCAAAUGGAAACAGCCCUGUCAAUGAAUUAGAAUAGUAACCAUUUUCUGAACGUUAUAUAUUUUGAUUGGUUUGCCAUAAUCUUCUCUAUCGAUGUGUAUACCGAGGCAUAACUUUAGGACUAUAAUGUGCGUUGCCAUUCAUGUAAACCUCUUUAGAUAAAAAACUGACUACUGCAAGAGGCAACAUUAGUUUUGAAAAAAGCUGCCAAUAUCACACCUUUGUCAAACUCAUUCAAAUCAUUACCCCUAAACAGCGUUGAGUAAUAUUGCAUAUAUUUAAAAGGUGCAUUAUGUAACUUUGGUUAAAGGAUAGAAGGUCCAGCACCACCUUGUCGCCAUGGAGUUGCUAUUGCUUUGCCUGGAAUGUUCCACUUUAGCCCAUGUAACCUAUUUAUCAUUCAUUUAUUCAAUUACAGUUGUGUUUGUUGCUAAAGAUAAACUGAAAAUGCAUACAUUCUCACUGUGAACAGGGUCACCUCUACACAGAUCUGACUUGUAAUUUCCCUGGCGGCGUCACCUGCUUGUCUCCAUGAAGAUAGACACGUUUAAUGCCAUACUGUGAAACAUUCUAGGCAAAGCAAUAAAUUAUCCAUGGAGACAAGCAGUUAGUAAACAAAAGUUGCAUAGCGCUUCUUAAAAAUAAUGAGGCUUUUUUCGUGCUAUUCUAAAUCAUUGAUGAGCGUAGUUUCACACAGUAUUCUUACGUUCACACUGCAGUAUGUCAUUCAAUUCACAAGACUCACGAGAGAUAGUAAUGUCCUGGACCUUAAAGGGAUACGUUUUUGUCCUAAGAUGUAAUAUUUAUUGUCAUACUGAUAAAUAUGCUUGUCAUUAUUGUCUCUAUUUGUUUAAACAUUAUUUAUUUGGAGUUUUAUGGACUUGACUGACAUGAACGGAGAAGUAUAUAAUGGUAAAAUAAGCUUUGAAGGGAAGCUGUUGUUUUGAAUAUUUGGUGUCAUGGUUAAGCUGCCUGCAUGACUGGAAUCGUUUUGAUAUUUCUCUUGAUUGUUCUAAAAUGGCCAAUGAGGGACUUCAAAGAUUGAUAGAAAAAUCACGUUUUUAUUUGAUAUUGUUGAUAUUUGUGUUCACUCUCUCAGGUUCAUGAGUGUUUAUGGUUGUUUUUGCAUCUCAGGUAGAAUGCAAACAUAAGGCCCACGUAUAUAAUGUACCACUAUUGGAAAAAGAUAAUCCCAAGAUGUACAUGUUCUUCUCAGUUGUACAUGUUUCUAUGUGUUUCAAUAUGGUGCACUGGUAGAGAUAUUAUUUUGCAUAGAACUAGCUCACAAAGAGACCAGACUAGAUUUGUUAAGCAGACAAAAUGAUGUACAGUCAGUAUCAACAAACUCACAAUAUGUGCAUACAACGUCCACUAAUACAGUAUGUUAAUUAGCAAUUAGACUAUGUGACCACAACACAGUCCAGGCAUCUGUUUGUUCUUUUUGAGGAAACAAUGGUGUAUUUACUGUGACAUGGCAUUUUACCAAUCAUUUAAAACAUGUCUUGAAUAUUUUGGAUGAAAAUGUUAAAACCUGAAUUGUUUCAUUUUAAGACGAAUUUGCAUUUGGUUGUUCAAUCUUCAAUUUUCUCUGUACCAGGCCAUGUUUUAUUUCUACAAUGAAGUUUAUGUUCCCCAUAAGGCCAUACAUAUUUUGUAUUGGUUCACCAACAUUUUUACAAAGGAAAAAAAAAUCAAGAGUUCUUGUCUUAAUAAAAAAAGAUUUCAAUGUUU